UCAUAGUUCACCCGUUGAUGUUAGCACGCUAUUGGCUGAAUGUUAAUGUUAUGAAACUUCAUUGGACAAACGAACACACGCCUUUCGUCAACUUGAAAGAGCACAACACUCGACAAGGUGGUCCAUGUGCGUCUGAUUGAGUCACAGUAAGCAUGCUGACUGCACAGAGGGCGUGUGCAGCGAUGGCUGCCCGGCGCCUGGUUAGAGCGUCUGUCUCCUCAGCAUGCACACACCGCUGUCUGAUCCACACCUCCACACGACGUCAGGGUCAGGAGGACCUGCAUCCUGAGUGGGCCAGUCUGGCGAAGAAACAGCUGAAGGGGAAGAACCCAGAAGAUCUGAUCUGGCGCACGCCUGAGGGACUUAACAUCAAGCCUGUGUACACCCAAACAGACUCAGCUGGCAGGCCAGAUGAGUUGCCAGGAGUGUUUCCCUACACUAGGGGGCCCUAUCCUACCAUGUACACCUACAGACCGUGGACUAUCAGACAGUAUGCUGGCUUUAGCACCGUGGAGGAGAGCAACAAGUUCUAUAAAGAUAACAUUAAAGCUGGACAGCAGGGUCUUUCCGUGGCUUUUGACCUCCCGACGCACCGUGGUUACGACUCGGACAACCCCCGAGUCCACGGAGAUGUCGGCAUGGCUGGAGUUGCCAUAGACACAGUUGAGGACAUGAAGAUGUUGUUUGACGGAAUCCCACUGGAGAAGAUGUCUGUAUCAAUGACAAUGAACGGAGCCGUCAUCCCGGUGUUGGCGAUGUUUAUAGUGACUGGAGAGGAGCAGGACGUGCCUAUAGCCAAACUAACUGGCACGAUUCAGAACGAUAUUCUGAAGGAGUUUAUGGUGCGCAACACCUAUAUCUUCCCCCCGGAACCUUCAAUGCACGCCAUCGCUGACAUUUUCGCUUACACCUCCAAGCACAUGCCCAAGUUUAACUCCAUAUCCAUCAGUGGCUACCACCUUCAGGAAGCUGGAGCUGAUGCCAUCCUGGAAGUAGCAUACACCAUCGCUAACGGCCUGGAGUACUGCCGCACUGGUCUGAAAGCAGGCUUAACAAUCGAUGAAUUUGCCCCAAGGUUGUCCUUCUUCUGGGGUAUUGGGAUGAAUUUCUACAUGGAAAUCGCCAAGCUGAGGGCAGGCAGGAGGUUGUGGGCCACGCUCAUCAAAGAGAACUUCCAGCCCAAGAACGCCAAGUCUCUGCUCCUCCGCACACACUGUCAGACUUCAGGCUGGUCUCUCACUGAACAAGAUCCGUACAACAACGUGAUCCGCACAGUGAUUGAGGCCAUGGCAGCCGUGUUCGGGGGGACUCAGUCGCUCCACACCAACUCGUUUGAUGAAGCUCUGGGCUUGCCCACAGUGAAGAGUGCUCGCAUUGCCAGGAACACCCAGAUCAUCAUCCAGGAAGAGUCGGGCAUUCCCAAAGUCGCUGAUCCCUGGGGGGGCUCGCACAUGAUGGAGGCUCUCACGGAUGAUGUCUACAACAAAGCUUUGAAGUUCAUCCAAGACAUUGAAGAGAUGGGAGGCAUGGCCAGAGCUGUGGCAGAGGGGAUCCCUAAACUUCGCAUUGAGGAGUGUGCAGCUCGCAGACAGGCCCGCAUUGACUCAGGAUCAGAGGUCAUUGUCGGGGUGAACAAGUACCGUCUGGAGAAAGAGGAGACUGUGGAGGUGCUGGCUAUAGAUAACACGGCUGUGCGCCAGAAACAGAUUGAAAAACUGAAGAAGGUGAGGGCGAGUCGUGACCCAGAGGUAGCGGCAAAGUGCCUGGCAGCCAUUGAGGAGUGUGCCCGAACCAGGGAGGGCAACCUUUUAGCCCUGGCUGUAGAGGCGGCACGAGCCAGAUGUUCAGUUGGUGAAAUAACUGACGCCAUGAAGAAAGUGUUUGGUGAACACAAGGCCAGCACCAGGAUGGUGAGCGGUGCUUACCGCAGCGAGUUCGGGGAGCAUGAAGAGAUCGCUGCAGCUCACAAUAGAGUUGCAGAUUUUAAGAAGCACGAGGGUAGAAACCCUCGACUGCUGGUGGCAAAGAUGGGCCAGGAUGGUCACGACAGGGGUGCCAAAGUCAUCGCCACAGGGUUUGCUGAUCUGGGCUUUGAUGUGGACAUCGGACCACUGUUUCAGACUCCCCUUGAGGUCGCCCAGCAGGCGGUUGAUGCAGAUGUACACUGUGUCGGGGUCAGCACGCUUGCCGCAGGACACAAGACCCUGGUUCCGGAGCUCAUCAAAGAACUACGGAAGCUCAACAGGCCCGAUAUCCUCGUAAUCUGUGGGGGCGUCAUCCCACCACAGGAUUACGAGUUCUUGUACCAGAGCGGCGUGUGCGCCAUCUUCGGCCCAGGAACCAGGAUCCCACAAGCUGCAGUGGAGGUUAUUGACAACAUUGAGAAGAGCCUGGAAAACAUCCGGCAGGCCAUGUGAACUCAGACUACAACUAAAAGAACUGUUUAUUCAUGUUGUGACAACAGCAAAGUCACAAGUGGGAGCUCACGCUUGUGUACAGAAUCAGUUUGAUUUGUAGCAUAAGAUUGUAUAACCAUAAAAAUCACUCCCCAAUGUGAGAACACAGACGCAUGUACAGCAGUCAAGAUGAUUAAAACCCUACUGGUGUGAUGUGGUUGUAUUAGCACUGCAUUUACUGUUUAUCUAAUUUGAUUUUAAUUACUAACAGUGUCCUCACAGUUUGUCUUUUUCAAUCAUGUAUCUUCACAAAGAAAAAAGAAUGACAUCACUAACAGUCUGUGGUUAAAAUCUAAAGAAAUAUUCUCACAUCUUCUGCUGGGUAAACAGCCAUUUAAUGAAUUACUUCAGCUUUUGAAGGAUGCCUGUGUAUUGCAGUGGUUACAAGAUUAUUAAUAUCCUGCUAGUAUCCUAGAAAGACCAGAAUAGGAGUGAGACUGCCUCUUGCUCAACACUUAAGAGUUUUAAAGGGGUAGUUUAGAUUUUUUGAAGUGGGGUUGUAUGAGGUAGUUAAUCUACUGCUGUGGAGGGGUUAGGAACAAAACAUAUUUUGGCCACCUAAAAAUAUCAGUUUAUGUGUACGCUAUAUUUAGAAUAUUUUCAUAGCUUUACCUUAAUGUCAGACAGUGAUUUCCAACUGGAAAGUGAAGCCGUUAUAUUGCUCUCUUCACAGCCAGACUCCAUUGAGAAAAACAGUGAUUUGAUAUUUGCUGAACACAGGAGCAGCUGGUUUACUGCUGCCUCGAUUAGGUAUUUUGUUUGUGUUGCUGUGUGACUUUGGCGUUAAAAAGGACAAGUUCAGAUUCACCAAAGUCACACAACAACACAAACUAACUAAGACUGAAGCAGCAGUGGGCCAGCAGCUCCUGAAUUCAGCGAUCUUAAAUUAAGGUUUUUGUGAAUGGAGUCUGGUGGUUUUGACGAGAGCAUAGAUGGAGAACUGACGCAGUCAGGGGCUUCCCUGUCAGAACGAGCUGUCAGACUGAAAAGUAAAGUGGUGAAAAUAUUCUUAAUAUCGUGGACACUUAAACUGAUACUGAUUUUUUUUUUUAGGUAGCUAAAAUUCAUCUUUAGUAGUACAUUGUUUAGCUUCCAUGUUGGACUCAUGCUGCUGCUUCUCCAAUCUGGGAGCGUGCCACCUGACACCUGCUGUGUGCAAUAUGCAAUACACUGAGUAUGGAUAAGUACCUCAUACAACUGUACCUCAAAGAAUCUGAACUAUCCCUUUAACAGAAAAUACUUAAAUAUUUCUGACAGAAAUUAGACUAUAUUUAGGGCCUUUUUACACCUGAAAGUCUGAACCAAGGUGUUAACACAGGUUUGCAUUUUUCUUACAUGGUAUACAUUUGAUUCAGUUCGUUUUGGUUUCACAUUGCAAUUAUGCAAGUGCAGUUAAGAACUGUACAGAACAUGCCAAUGUCCUGUUGUCAUCAUCUACGUGAGCUGCUCUCCCAUCCUCUUGUAUCCCGCUCUUAUCCGCAGAAAAUAAUUGAAAACUGUCCACCUGACUGUUUGUAAUAACGUCGCCUCAUCCCCACAUGUGCCACCACAGCUUAGUUUGUUAUGUUGCAUUGUUCAUGGACAAACUGAACUGAGCCAUGGUUUAGUGUGAUCCAGACCGUCAGACCUAGAUUUGGUUGUUUGGUCCAGACCGUGGCCCAGGGAAGUUUUCACACCUGUUAUUUUUGUUUGGAUCAGUCCGCAAAGUCCAGAAGUCAACGAGGUUGGUGUGAAAGGACCCCAAGACUUCUACUCAUACUUAACAAACAAUAAAUCAUAGCUCACAUGACAUAAAAAACAUAAUAUAUGUUAUAGAAACAUUGGCAUAAGAUCUGCUUUUUUUGGCAUCCAAUAUAAAACAUUACACCACAGCACUAUGAUCCUACUUGUGUUGUUUUAAUUGUGAAAUAUGUGUGUAAUUUGAAGUUAGCAUGCAGGGUGGUAAUAGUGCUAGAGCAGCGGAGACGGAUGGGUACUAAUUCACAUUAAAAUAAACAUUUUAUUGCCCCUGGGUUUUAUUUUCAUGGAUAUUAUCAUCUUGAAUGUGGCCUUCUGUUGUCUUUUUCUCUUGCCUCUAUUGCAUCAUGUUGAAUUCAGCCAACCUCUGUCAGAGAUAAAACCACAGACCAAUUUAUGAAACAGCUGGAGAUAGUAUUUUUCUACUUGUGAUUGUGAACCAGAUUUAGUGCUCUUCACUCUAAAUAAAGUAUGUGAACUUUGGA